AUGCCUAGGGUCCCACCAGAAACAAACAAAUUAACCGGUUCAAAGCCCACCGAAGAAUUCGCACCCCCAACUUGUCCCCCCGAUGGAUCUCGUCCGACGCGUGGCCCGCGACGACUGACGCGGCCCCACCCCGACCCCGCCGCCGCCCCGACGUGGCCCCGCCUCCGUGGAUCUCCUCCCCUGCCCCCACUCGACUCGGAGCUGGUCCACAAGCUCGCCGGCCUCCUCCUCCCGCUAUCCACCGCCGCCGUGGACUCGACGCCGGGCGACCCCUUCAACUCCCCCUCCUCUGUCGUCGACCUCCCCCGCGACCUCGUCGACCACCUCCUGUCCCUCUCCCUCACGUUCAUCCCCAACCUAGCCUCCCUCGCCGUGGACCCGCCACCCCAUCCCCUCUCCUCCUCCUCGCCCUCCCGACCUCGACGACCCCCUCGACGUCGUCUCCACCUCCUCGACCUCUUCUCCUCCCCCCGCCGCUCCUCGUCGCCGCGCCUCUCCGUCUGGAUCCUCUCCGACUCCCGCGACGACAAGAUCGUCCUUCGCCACACCAUGUCCUCCUCCUCCUUCUACCUCGACCGCCGCCAGUCCCUCGCCGACCAGGUCCUCAAGAACAUCGACUACAAGAACCGCUUCCACUGCAACCGCAAGUUCACCUCCCAACCCGACCUCGACCUCCACAAGGCCCACUGCGACUUCCGCCCCGUCCAGUGCCGCAACGACGGCUGCAUGGUCACGUACUGCAAGCUCCACGAGGAGAAGCACGACCAGGUCUGCGCGUACAAGGUGCUGGACUGCGAGCAGAGGUGCGGGGAGAGGAUCGUGAGGAGGGAGAUGGACCGGCAUUGCAUCACCGUGUGCAGGAUGAAGAUGAUGAACUGCCCCUUUUUCCAGGCGGGGUGUGGGUCGGUGUUCCCGCAGGGGCAGGUUGAGGAGCACUGCAGGGAGUUUCUGAGGGGGCAUUUGGUUUGCGUGAUGGGGGUCAAGAAUGAGGAGGGUUUGGAGAGGGAGGAGAUCGAGAGGCGUGCCGAUACCUUGGACAAGUCCCAGUUUCGGGAUGAACUGUCAGAAGCUACGAAUGUGAGGCGUCUAACUUUGGCAAUCAAGAGGGUAGAAGCAAAGAUGAAAAAACAACAAGAACUUGACAAGGAGAACAUUCAGAAAGAGCAGGCUCGCAACAUAAAGAAGCAAGAAGAACUGUAUAAGGAGAAAAUUCAGAAGGAGCAGGCUGACAGUAUAAAGAAGCAAGAAGAACCGGACAAGAAUAUGAUUCAGAAUGAGCAGGCAAAUAACGCUGAGAAACAACAAGAAGCCAAUAAGAAUAGCAUUCAGAACGAGCAGGCUAAAAACAUAGAGCCACAAGAAGAUUUCGAUAGCAUUAAGAAUGAACAGGAUGACAACAUAAAGCAACAACAGCUAGAGCUCGGUGAGGACAACAUUAAGAAUGACCAGGUUAGCCUCAGAGAGCAACAACAAGAACUUCAUAGCAUUCAGAGCGAGCAGGCUAAUGAUUUGGAGCAAAAACGAGAAGUCGACGAGGAUAGCUAUCAGAGUGAGCAGCCUAACAUUCAGAAGGAAGAGGCUAAGGACAUGAAGCAGCAGCAAGAAUUUUAUGUGGAAGCUGACAACAUGAAGCAAAAAGAAGAACUCUAUAUGGAUAACAUUCAGUGUGAACAGACUAAUGACAGAAAGCAACAAGAACUUAGUGAGGAUAGCUUUCAGAUUGAGCAUCCUAACAUUCAGAACGAAGAGGAUAACCACACGAACCAGCAAGAACUCGAUGUGGACAGCAUUGAGCAUGAGAACGCUAAGAACAUGAAGAAGCAAGAAGUAGAUGUGGAUAGUGAUCAAAAUGAGCAGGCGAACAUCGUGAGGCAUGAACAGAAGCUCGAUAGUGACAAUGUUCGGAAUGAGCAGGCAAAUAUUUAGAAUGUGCAGGCUGAGCAGUGAGCACCAGGUUUACGGCUGGCAAAAUCUGUUUGUUCCUUUUCUUCUCUAUACUAUCUUUUUGACAAAGUAUUUGGUACAGUUAAUCGUUUUUUGUUUUCAAGAAAGAAAUAUUAUAACGUAACUCCAGUUUUCUCUGCUUAUUUUCUCGGUUUGUGUAAAACAUUACACUACAAAAUUCAUUCAUUUUUAAUGUAUCUGUGAUUUUUUU